AUCUGGGGUGGAAGAUUAUUUUUCUCUUUCUGAAGAGUGUUUAUAGCGUCCUUCGUGUUUUUCAGUGUCAUUGGCGUCUUUAUCAAAUCAGCUCUUAAACUCGCGUGUGAGGAGCGGGUUUCAUGAAUAUUGUUUUGUCACGAGGAAACUCUUUCCUGGCGGAUUUCACGUUUUAAUUUCGGUGUCUGAACGACCGCGACAUAAACAUGACAAACAACAUCUUUUGUGUGUUUAUUCUCGCGUGUUGUGUUGCAGGAUCAGUGAGAGGCGACAGGCUGUUGAAGGCAUCUGCGUACUGGGACUCGACCCGUAAGACUGUUGUUCUGAAGCAAGGUGUUCUGGAUCUGCAGAGCGAUGCUUACGGUUACUAUAACGACACGCUCAUCUCCACGGGCUGGGGUGUGCUGGAGAUCCGGGCCGGAUAUGGACAGACGCAAGAACCGGAUGAUGUCACAGUGUUUAUGGCGGGAUAUCUGGAGGGCUUCCUCACCGCUCCAGAGAUUUAUGAUCAUUACAGUAACAUGUACCCGCAGCUGAUCGCAAACCCCAAAACUCUGGUGGCAGUGAAACGCUUCAUGGCUAAACAGGACGAUUGGUCUCGUCGUAUGGUGAAGCGGAAUGGUUCUGAUCCACUCUGGGUUCACACCGGACUGAUUCUGGCGCAGUUGGACGGACUUCAGAAUGGAGUGGCCGACUGGGCCAAACAACAGGGGAAGAAGCCUCUGUCACAGUUUGCCGUUCAGUUUCUGAAUGCUGUUGGCGAUCUGUUGGAUCUGAUUCCAGCGCUGGUGCCCGAACAGAGAUCCACCAUGAGUCAAUAUAAAGCUCCACCUAUGGGCCACUGCUCUGCGCUUAUAAAGAUGUUGCCCGGUUUUGAGAAUCUGUUGUUCGCUCACUCCAGCUGGUACACGUACGCCGCUACAAUGCGCAUCUACAAACACUGGGACUUUAAACUGAUUGACCCGCACACGGCCACUGGAAAAGUGUCCUUCAGCAGCUACCCUGGGUUUCUGGUGUCUCUGGAUGAUUUCUAUCUUCUGGGCAGCGGUCUGAUGAUGACUCAAACCACUAAUAACGUCUUCAACACGUCACUUUACUCUUUCAUCACUCCUGCCAGUCUGUUCGCAUGGCAGCGGGUUCGACUGGCAAACGUGCUGGCAAACACCGGAGAACAGUGGGCAAAAAUCUUCUCUCGGUUCAACUCCGGCACGUAUAAUAAUCAGUAUAUGGUUGUGGAUGUGAGUAAAGUGAGUCUGGGCAGCAGACUGGAUGAUGGAGCGCUCACUGUAGUGGAACAGAUUCCAGGACUGGUGGAGUAUUCAGAUCAAACACAGACACUAAGAAGAGGUUACUGGCCGUCCUAUAACGUGCCGUUUCAUCAUAAGAUUUACUCUCUGAGCGGAUACGAGCAGAUGUGGAAAAAGCACGGUGACGAUUUCUCCUAUGACCUUUGCCCCCGCGCCAAGAUCUUCCGUCGAGAUCAGUCGUCCGUGAGCAACCUGACCUCCCUCAAACACAUCAUGAGAUACAACGAUUAUAAGAAUGAUCCAUAUUCAGAGGGCGACCCCUGUAAAUCGAUCUGUUGCCGUAACGACCUGAGAGAGGAGCACGCCAGUCCUGGAGGAUGUUACGACACUAAGGUGACCGAUCUUCACAUGGCUCGGGGUUUCGUAGCGGAGGCCUUGAACGGUCCGACCACAGAGGGUGGACUUCCUGUGUUCUCCUGGGAGAAGUUUAACAGCACGUCUCAUCAGGGUCUUCCUCAACAGUAUAACUUCAGCUUCAUCAGUAUGCAGCCGCAGCUGUUCCUCCCAUGAUGCUCCACCAGAGGGAGACAGUGAGCGGAUAAUGCUGAUCUAAUUUCUUGUUUCAUUUUCUGUUCAAUAUCCACUUCAGUCUGACGCUAGAAUCAAUCUGAACUCUGAUGAAUCGGUGGAGUAUUUUGAGCCAUAAAAUCUGCACCAAAGUCUGUGACGGUCAUGUUUGAGAUUCUUCUGAAUCUGGACUGUUUUGGUCUCUUCUGCUUGUUAAAAGUGCACAGUAAAUUCAAUGUGUGAGAUCUGUUAAACUCUAAAGAAGUAAAUGUAAUUCUGUCAUUUUGAAUCUAGUCAGUCAGAAGCCGUUUUAAUGAACAACAAGAGCCGAUGAUCAACCCUUUCUCAUUUAUUCUCAAGUUUAGAGAAUGACCAAAAAACAAUCUGGUUUCUGUAGACUGGAUUCUGUGAUGCUCGGCUGAAAUAUUUAUAAUAAAAAAAAAUGAAAGUUGCUCUAAAUGAAUGUCAUGCAUUAAUUGUCCUUCUGUGAUAUAAUGAAAUUUGCUGAAAUUAGAGUCUCAGGGAACGUGGAUGAAUAUAAAACUUUUUCCGUGCCUUUCUCGGUACUCGAGCCGUUUGUCUGUUUAUUUACUAGUGAAAUGAAUUUGAGCAUUUUCAUUUUUCAAAAGCUGUUUUCUGAUUCAUGAUCCGUAUCUGUUUGUUCAUGUGUCUGAUCAUUCUGCGCUGCAUGUGAUUUUCUGUUGGUUUUGACCAAUAAAACGAGCAAGAUGUCA